CCCUUCUGAACUACUAGAAGCUUUCCGUGGUCACUGGUCAGGAUGUUGCCAUGAUUGGCUGGGGUAAAACCGUGUUGGGCUUGUUGCUCUCGCCCAUAUCAUCGGCUCGCCAUUUGUGCUCCUAGGACACCCACACUUCUGGUUAGUUAGCCAGUACAAGAAGGCUCCCCCUUACAACCUCCUGCUGGUGGCACCCCUAAUAGAUGAAGAAGCUCUACUUCCAGCAAUAAGCUUCUGAUAUCUGAUCUUGUGGCUGUCCUAGGAGUAGGCAUGGAAGCUAUUGGUUGGAUUGCCGCACCCAUCAUCUCCGAGCUUUUCAAGGAAUGCUCCAACUACCUCAAGUUUGACGCCACGAAGAAGCUGCGGCAACUUGGGCCAAAAGUAAUACUGCUUGAGCGGGCAAUAGAGAUAUUUGAGAAGAUCCCCAACAGGGCUCGUUUGGAGCAACUGUUUGUGGAUCUUAAAAUUGCGUUAUAUGAAGCUGAAGAUAUCUUGGAUGAUGUUGAGUAUCACUGCCUCGAGAAGAAGAUCCAAGAUGGCAAGUUCAAGUGCAACGGUGGUGCAUCCCCACGUAAGAGGGAUUGGGUGAUGAACAAGGUCCGGUCUGCCUCACCGAGCUCCCCUUCGGAAAAUAAGGUCAUGGUCAAGUACGAUGGUGGUGUAUCUCAACGUAAAAGGGAUUGGCUGAAGAAUAAGGUCCAAUCUGCCUCGAUGAGCUCCCUGUUGAAAAAUAAGGAGACUGGUAUGCCAAAAAAUAAUUUGAAGGCUAGUCUAGAGAAGAUAGAAGAAAUUAUUAAUAGUGCAUAUGAAUUUUUGGAACGGCUAGACUUGCCGAGCUUAAGUGAUGGCAAUGGAAUCCAACCUGUUCCUGCCAAUUCAGCAGUUGCUGCUACUACUUCGAUUCCACCGAAGGUUGUAAUCGGACGAGAUAAAGAUUGUGACAAGAUCAUAGCAAUGUUUCAUGAGAACAAGGGUGUAGUAAACACCAACAAUGAUCUAUGUUAUACUGUAAUUGGCAUUCAUGGCAUCGGUGGGUCUGGGAAAUCAACCCUAGCACAGUUAGUCUGUGACCGUGAAAAAAAGAAUGACCAUUUUGAACUCAUUAUGUGGGUUCAUGUUUCUCAGAGUUUUACCGUGAGUGCCAUUUUGGAGGAAAUAGUUGAGGCAGCUACAAGGAGUUCAUGCCCUCAACUCAAUAAUCUUAGCACCCUACAUGAUAAGUUGGCGGAAGUACUGUAUGGAAAAAGGUUUCUCUUGGUUCUAGAUGAUAUCUGGUACAAUGGUGAAGAUGCCAGGAAGCGGGAGGAACUGCAACAAAUACUUUCUCCGCUAAAGGCUGGCAGGGCAGGAAGCAAGAUCCUUGUGACCAGUCGAACUAAAGGUGCAUUGUCUGUUUUGGGUGCUGCAGAACCGAGAUGUAUUCCUAUAUCUGACCUGGAUAACGAUGUCUUUCUUGAUUUGUUGAUGCAUUAUGCACUCGAAGGCACAAAUAUAGAUGUUUAUGCUCGACGAAGACUCAAAGAUAUUGGAACUGACAUUGCAAAAAAACUGAAUGCAUCACCUCUAUUAGCCAGAACAGUAGGAGGAAGGCUAGGUAGGAGGCCUAAUGCUGAGUUUUGGUCAACAGUUAAAAAUGGGAAGCUUCUGGAUGGAACCAUUAGUGCUGCUCUGUUGUGGAGCUACCAUCAUCUUGAUCAGCAGGCUAGGCGAUGUUUUGCCUACUGCAGCAUUUUUCCCAGAAGACAUCGAUUGUACCGUGAUGAAUUGGUUAACUUGUGGGUGGCAGAAGGGUUUGUAAGGAGUACUAAUGAAGGGGAGGAAAUGGAAGAUGUUGCUCGGGGAUACUUUGAUGAACUAGCAUCAAACUCAUUUUUUCAACCAGGAGGCAUGGACUACAGCGACAAGGAAUACUAUGUAGUUCAUGAUCUUCUACAUGAUUUAGCAGAGAAGGUCUCUGGAAGUGAUUGUUUUAGAAUUGAGAAUGGCUCAAGAUGGAUUAUAGACCUCUGGAGAGGUAAAGACCCAAGAGGAGAAGGCUGGAGAGGAGAUAUUCCUCAAGAUGUUCGCCAUCUUUUUGUUCAAAACUAUGAUCAAGAUUUGAUAAUUGAGAAGAUCCUUCUGCUGAAAAAUUUACGCACACUCAUCAUUUAUGCUGUUCGAGGGUCUGUACAAGUUAAGGAAGAAGUCAUUGAUAGUAUAUUCAAGAAGCUGCCAAAAUUGCGGGUACUGGCCAUAGCUUUGAGCCAGGAACGCCAUGCAUUAGUUAAAAACCAAGAUGAGUUAUCAGUCCCAGAAUCUAUUAGUCAGUUAAGGCAUCUGCGCUAUCUUGCUUUCCGGACAAGCACGAGAUGCAGGGUAAUAUUACCAAGCACAGUAACCAAGCUUUACCAUAUCCAGCUGCUAGAUUUUGGCCGGUGUGAAAAAAUGGAAUUUGUCGGUGGUGAUCUUAUCAAUUUGCGGCAUUUAUUUAGCUGCCCCAAAGUGAAUAGGAGUAUUUCAAACAUUAGCAGGCUAACCUCACUCCAAACAGUACCAUUCUUCACAGUAAGGAAGGAACAUGGGUACGAGAUAAGCCAGCUAAGGGACCUAAAUAAGCUCCAUGGCAAACUGUGCAUUAAUGGUCUUGAAAAUGUUAAAAGCAAGGCGGAAGCUCUUGAAGCUAAUCUAGCCUCCAAGGAACAGCUGACAAUGCUGAUGCUGGACUGGGAGAGUAACUUGGACCGGGAAGAUGCCACAGACUGCAAUCCAGAAGUCCAAGCAGAGGUACUUGAGGGCCUUUGUCCUCCUGUGGGACUUGAAACACUGGAAAUAUGUCACUAUAAUGGUUCGUGGUACCCAAAUUGGAUGGUGAGUAAGCAGAACAGCGGCCCAUGGUACCUGCAAGAACUUUGGUUUGAUGGAUGUAGCCAACUAAGAUCAGCUCCUGUCCUUGUGGCUUUCGUUCAUCUUGGUUCCCUCAGGGUCUGGAACUGCAGCUGGGACGCCUUACCAGGCAACAUGGAGCACCUCGCAUCGCUCAAGAAGCUAGAGAUCUAUAAAUGCUUGAAUAUAUUGUCGCUUCCAACACUGCCCCAGUGUCUUGAGGAGUUUAAACUCGUUGAAUGCAACGGUGAGUUCAUGGAGUCCUGUCAGAAAGUCGGGCAUCCAAACUGGAAAAAGAUUGAGCACAUUCCCAUGAAGAGGUGGAAAUUCGUGUUAAGCCCUAACCUCCAGAAAAAACAGCUUCUAAUGGCGGAUCCAGUGACUGUGCUAGGAAUAGGCAUCAAAGCCGUAGGGUGGGUCAUAUCGCCCAUCAUCUCUGAGCUUUUCAAGAAAUGCUCCAACUAUCUCAAUUUUGACACGUCCGAGAAGCUGCGGCAACUUGAGCCAAAAGUUGUACUGCUUGAGCGGGUAAUGGAAGUAUUUGAGAAGAUCCCCGACAGAAUUCGUAUGGUGCAGCUGUUUGAGGAUCUUAAGUCUGCUUUCUAUGAAGCCGAAGAUAUCCUGGAUGAUUUUGAGUAUCACUGUCUCGAGAAGAAGGUCAGAGAUGACAAGUUCAAGUCAGACGGCAGCGUCUCUACAAAGUUUGCCAAGGUAGUGUUAGACACCUUUGAUUUCCUGGUUAUUGUUUGCCAAGCUGCUCCUGCCAAUUCAGGAUGUGCAGUCACUACUGCGGCACCUCCACCAAUAGUAUUUGGCCGUGAUAAAGAUUGUGACAGGAUCAUAGCAAUGCUUCACGAGAAGGAAGGUGAGGGUGAACCAAACUCCAAUAAUGGUCUAUGUUAUUCUGUAGUUGGCAUUCACGGCAUUGGUGGGUCUGGGAAAUCAACCCUUGCACAGUUAGUUUGCGCCCGUGAGAAAAAGGAUAGCCGAGAGAAAAUGUACAGCCAUUUCAAUCUUGUUAUGUGGGUUCAUGUUUCUCAGAGUUUUAGCGUUGGUGCCAUUUUCAAAGAAAUAUUUGAGGCGGCUACAGGUAAUUCGUGCCCUCAACUCAAUAAUCUUAACACGCUACAUGGUAAGCUGGAGGAGAAACUGCAAGGAAAACGGUUUCUCUUGGUACUAGAUGAUGUCUGGUGUAAUAUUAGGGAUGAGAGGAAGCAGGAGGACCUGCGGCAGUUACUUUCUCCGCUGAAGGCUGGAGAGGCAGGAAGCAAGAUCCUGGUGACUAGUCGAACUGAAGAUGCAUUAUUAGUCAUGGGUGCUACAAAACCAAGUUGUGUUGCCAUAUCUGACCUGGAUGACAAUGUCUUCGUUCAUAUGUUAAUGCAUUAUGCACUAGAAGGCACAAUUGUGGAUGAUCAUGUUCGAGGAAGACUUGCAGCGAUUGGUGCUGACAUUGCGAAAAAGCUGAGGUUGUCACCUCUAGCGGCGAGAAUAGUGGGAGGACGGCUAGGUAAGAGACCUACUGCUGAGUUUUGGACAACAGUUAAAAACGGGAAGCUUGUGGAUGGUACCAUGGGAACUCUGUGGUGGAGCUACCAGCAUCUUGAUGAGCAGGCUAGGCGAUGCUUUGCUUAUUGUAGCAUUUUUCCCAGAAGACAUCAUUUGAUACGCGAUGAGUUAGUUAACUUGUGGGUGGCAGAAGGAUUUAUAAGAAGUACUAAUGAAGGGGAGGAAAUGGAAGAUGUUUGCCGUGGAUACUUUGAUGAACUAGUGUCAACCUCAUUCCUGCAACCAGGAGGCAAAGACUUCUACAAUGACAAGGACUACUAUUUAGUUCAUGAUCUGCUGCAUGAUUUAGCAGAAAUUGUUGCUGGAAGUGAUUGCUUUCGAAUUGAAAAUGUCUCGAUCCAGAGAGAACUCUGGAGGGGAAAAGGCCAGAAAAGAGACGGCGGGAUAGGAGAUGUUCCUCAAGAUGUUCGCCAUCUUUUUGUUCAGAAUUAUGACGGAGAGUUGAUUACUGAGAAGAUUUGUAAAUUGGAAAAUUUACGCACUCUCAUCAUUUAUACUGUUCGAGCUGGUACAACAGUUGAGAAAAAGGUAACUGAAAGCAUAUUCAAAAGGCUGCGGAAAUUGCGGGUACUAGCUAUAGCUUUGAAUCGGGAAGAUGAUGCAUUAAUCAAGGAACCUGAUAUGUUAUCAGUCCCAGAAUCUAUUAAUCAGUUAAAGCAUCUACGCUAUCUUGCUUUACGGACAAACAUGUCAUGCAGGGUAACUUUACCAGACACUCUAACCAAGCUUUACCAUAUGCAGUUGCUAGAUUUUGGUCAGUGCAAAAAAAUGGUAUUUCCCUCUGCUGAACUUAUCAAUUUGCGGCAUGUAUUCUGCUCGAUAGUUCUGGACUUUCCUUACAUAGGCAGGCUGAUCUCACUCCAAACCAUACCAAACUUCACUGUGUGGAAUAUACAAGGAUAUACGAUAAAACAGCUGACGGACCUAAACAAGCUUGGCGGCAGCUUGGAGAUCCGGCAUCUUGAAAAUGUUAAGAGCAAGAUUGAAGCUCUCGAAGCCAAUCUAGCUGCAAAAGAACGACUCACACAUCUCUCACUUGGUUGGGGUGUUGGUGCAAGGCGCCGUAAUCUAAAAGCUGAAGCAGAGGUAUUCGAGGGCCUUUGUCCUCCCAUGUGGCUUGAAUCACUGUACAUCUAUAACUACCGUGGUUUGACGUACCCAAACUGGAUGGUGGGUAAGCAGAAUGGCGGCCCGAAGGACCUGCAUCGGCUUCAGCUCCAUGGCUGGAGUCAACUGGGACCUGGUCCUGUACUUGAGGCUUUCACUCAACUUUGUUCGCUCACAGUUUGGAACUGCAGCUGGAACGCUUUACCCGGCAAUAUGGACCACCUCACUUCGCUCAAGGCUCUGAUGAUCUGCGAAUGUUUGAAUAUUUGCUCGCUUCCAAUUCUGCCCCAGUCUCUUGAGGAGUUUACGCUCAAGUGGUGCAGUGAUGAGUUUAUGAGGACUUGUGAAACAGCUGGACAUCCAAAUUGGCAAAAGAUUGAGGAUAUUCCCAAGCAAAAAAUUAUAUUUCCAGAAGGUAACACCGUAUUUCCAUUUGAUGCCGUCUUUCCCAUUCUGGACUUGUACACCGUUGCAUGGCUUCUAAGAAGCAGUUGUAGCCGUUGA